CCGGGGUAACGGGAGCGGUCCUGGCCGCGAGCUUCCCUGAGUUUGUAACGGAGGAACAGUUAGAACCGAUUUGGGAGUCCUGGCGGUAUUCUGUGCUCCCUAGUCAACUACCAGCUUUCCCAAGCCGUUCCUACAGCGACUGCUGCCCCGCGCGCUGGGGGCGUAUUGGAGCCCUGCUCAGAAGCUCCAGGGUCAGCAUGCCGAAGGCAAGAGGAAGAACAAGUCGGAUCCGAAGGCGGAAACGCUUCAAAAGUUCUCCAACAAGAGGAGUGAAUGAGAGCUGCAAGUCUGAAUUUAUAGAUCUAAGGAAAUGGCUGAAAGAAAGGAAUUUUGAAGAUAGGAACUUAGCACCGGCUCACUUUCCAGGCACGGGAAGGGGCCUGAUGAGUACAGCUGGCUUGCAGGAGGGGAGGAUGCUCAUAUCACUGCCUGAGCGCUGCCUGCUCACCACGGACACGGUGAUGCGAAGUUACUUGGGGGCGUACAUCACCAAGUGGAAGCCGCCGCCGUCUCCCGUGCUGGCUCUGUGCACGUUUUUAGUUUCAGAAAAGCACGCCGGGGACCGGUCUCCGUGGAAGCCGUACCUGGAUGUUUUGCCCGAGUCCUACACCUGCCCCGUUUGUUUGGAGCCUGAAGUGCUGGAUCUGCUGCCCCGACCCUUACAAGCGAAGGCCGAAGAGCAGAGGGCUCGCGUGCGGGAGUUUUUUGCUUCCUCCAGAACCUUCUUCUCUUCCCUGCAGCCUCUGUUUGCAGCGCCCGUGGACAGCAUCUUCAGCUACAGCGCCCUCCUGUGGGCCUGGUGCACCGUCAACACCAGAGCCGUGUACCUGAGACGCGGGCAGCGGGAGGGCCUGUCCGCCGAGCCUGACACCUGUGCCCUUGCUCCAUUCCUGGACUUGCUGAACCAUAGCCCGCACGCCCAGGUAGAAGCAGGAUUUAAUGAGGAGACUCGUUGUUAUGAAAUCAGAACGGCUUCAAGGUGUAGAAGGUACGAAGAGGUUUUCAUCUGCUACGGCCCGCAUGACAACCAGCGGCUGCUCCUGGAGUACGGAUUCGUUUCUGUCCCUAACCCUCACGCUUGCGUUUAUGUCUCAACAGAAAUACUUGUUAAAUAUCUUCCAUCAACCGAUAAACAGCUAAACAAAAAGAUUUCCAUUUUAAGGGACCAUGGCUUUAUUGAAGAUCUGACGUUCGGUUGGGAUGGACCGUCUUGGAGGUUGCUCACAGCUCUCAAGUUGUUAUGUCUGGAACCUGAAAAAUUUAUGUGCUGGAAGAAGAUACUGCUUGGAGAAGUCAUUUCAGAUACAAAUGAGAAGGCGAGUUUGGAUAUAACCCGGCGGAUAUGCUGUGACUUCAUAGAGGAGACUUCCGCUGUGCUUCAGAAGAUUGCCCGCAGAAAGGUGGACAGUGUGGCAUUGCUGCCCCAGCUGGCUCUGGUGGAGGCGUUGCGGACAGAAGAGCUGCAGAUCCUCAAGGCAUCCGCCGGGAUCCUGGAUGUGAACUUCAGGAGCGUCUCUGAGGACAGAGCAGUGCCUGUUCCGGGGUGUGGAAGGAAGCCUGCAGGGCAGAACCGGCGGUGGGCCACGAGUGAGUGAUGGUGGCUGUGUAGCUCUGUCCAGUAAACAGCAGGCCUGGAGCAAGCACCAGUGAAGUCCUGACUUGUGGGACCGGGGAGACCAAGGAGCCAGCCGCCAGCUGCCAGCCAGAACUCGGGGGUUGGCAUUGUGCCCAGCAGCGGGCAAAGGGUAGGCCUUGUGCUUUCACAAUUCCCUGGAUCCCACUGACCUAAGCACAGGUCGGCAGUCGGUGGCCCUGGGUGGCAGUGUUAGCCCAUGCGGCCUCAGCCUUCAGUCCCACCUGCUGUGGAGGCACUGACUUGCAUGUUGAGGAGCUCUGGGGGACACAAAAGGCCCCCAUCAACCUGCUCCUGGCCUUUGGUGCAGCCAGGGCAGGGCCGACGAGUCACUCUGAGGGAGAAGGCCUGGCUCAACCUCCAGCUCUUCCGUCUUGAGCUCUGGUGUCCAGGACAGGCUCUUGCCCACUGCACCCUGUGCUGGGGUGAGCGUAUCUGCUGGUGUCUGGGGCUCAGUGGGGACCACACCUAGAACCACGGUGAACCUUGGGCCUCUGUUCUUCCUGUUGGCUUUGUUUUUGUCCAUCCCAGUCUCAGGGUGGGGAGAGCAGGGAGUCACUCCCUAACUGUCAGCCACCUGCAGAGGUCCUGGAGCCAUACCCACACAGGCUGGGGUGGUCUGUGCUGAGGGUG